UCCAGGAAAUUGCGUUUCUGGAUACUGUGACUGUCUUUGGGAAACACAGAAGAAAUUCCCGCAGUGUAAGUAUCCGCGUUUAUUCCCUUUGUUACGCCAUUGUUCAUUGUUUUAUGUGUUCCGCAUGAUGGAAGGAUUACCGGACCUGAACCAGCACCAGCAAGUCCAACCGCAUGCUGGUCCCGUGGAAAACGGCGUCGCAGGACCCUCGCAAGCAGCUUCUAGUACCCAGCCGGUUUUGCCGACUCCUGGUACUCCAGACCAGCCAGCACCAGCACCUGCAGUCCCGCAGAAACGUCGACCCGGACGUCCUAAGGGAUCGGGCAAGAAGUACCCCGAGGCGAAUCCGAAUGUGCCCAAGACCAAGCGUCCUGUGGGGCGUCCGCGUAAGGAUGGUCUCCCGGCGGGCUCGCUGGGCCCUAGGCCAAAGACGCGGACCCAUGUCUUCCCUCUAUCCGUGACCCCCGCCUCCCUCAAGAAGAUCCUGCAUUCGAUCGAUCCCAGCCUCCAGCAAGACGAUUGGCCGGCGUUGGCGCAGACGCAGCCGAAUGCAUUCUUGCGCGCGCUCAUCACCGCAUUGAACACGACUCCGGGGAUUGGUGCGCAGACGACGCAGGCCGAACACGAGGCGUUCCAGUUGCACUCCUAUUCGCUGUCUGCGAAGGCGAUGCAAUCUGAGCAUAUCCCCUCGCUCUACUCCGUGCUCAAGACGUUUUGGCUGCCAUGCUCCCCCGCUUACUUCUCACUUAUCGCGUCUGCUUCGACGGGACGUACGCCGUCCGAUCACCAAUUCCUGUACUGGGAUCCUCUACCGCUGGUCUUCAAUGGCCUGCUGUGCCCGUGCUGCUGUCAGGCACCUCUUAUCAACCGUUCGCGCAUCCAGUCCGCGCCAAUCAAGGUGUACGACGUUCCCAAGCCUUUCUAUAUCAUCGGCUGCGAAUACGUAUGCAAGAGCCCCACUUGCGUCUCGCAGACGUCCAGUGAGGGCCGCUCCUUUGCCAGCACCGACGCCGUUGUGCUGCGUGCUCUGCCCGCCGCGCUGAUUCAGGAGUUUCCCGCUCGUCUUCUACAAGAUGAGGGUCUCAUGGGAACGAGCCCGAAGAUCUGGAAUUGGCAGGCCCUCGGAGUGUCGCAGACGAUCUGGAAUAUGGUCCUGGGCGGCCUGCGUGUCGGCCUGAACAAGGACGCCAUCGUCCAAAUCAUCCACUCGACCAUGAACGGCGUCAGCGAGCCAUUCGACCCGCAAGCGCUCCCCAUGAUUCCAAUGGGUAUGCCCCCGCCACACUCCUUCCCCCCAAUGGAAAUCAAGAGCGCGCCUCCGCAUGAGUCCGUCCCACCGGAGGCCCCUCCGCCGAUGCCGCAGCCAAGUGGGAGCUCCGACGAGGUCGAGCAGCAACUCGCCGCCGACGCCAUGGACGCAGACGAGGAUGCCGCUGGGCACGCUGACGAGAGCAUGGAGACAGACCACUCGCUGCACUACCCCACCGACUUCGACGUCCCCUUCGGCGGGCCGCUGCCCGAGAUUUCGCAGUCCGCCUCCACUGCGGGCUCCGCGACGCAGACGACCGGCCCGCCCGCCUCGCAGGGCCCUCCUCCUCCCAUGCAGUCGCAAGAAGCCGGCCCCUCGACGCUCCCCGCCGCGCCCCCGCAGGCGCCGUACACUCCCUUCUACAGCGGAUAUGCAUACUACGGCGUGCACCCCGCCCAGGCGUACGCGGGCGCGCCGACGAGCAAUGGCCACGGCUCGAAGCGCUUGUCGCCGGACGACUCGUUUUCGAAGCGCAGCCCGCGGCACUGCCUGAAGUGCGGCUCGCAGGAUUGCAAGGGCAAGGGCGGGCGGCAGCACUGCCAAAAUCCGUGCCAGGACUGCGGGAAGGUGGUGUGUCGGGGGCGCAAUGGGCGGAGGCGGGAUAAGCCGUGUCAGGAAGGGUGGGACGAGUGAGGUGGAGGAUGAUCAUGUUUCCUUUCUUGCGUCUGCUUGAGUUACUGACUGUAUUUGUACUUAAGGUAGAUGUCAUAAGUACGACGUCCAGAGUAUGCCUUAUGGCCGGGCUUCGGCAUAUGCCGGUGGGUUUGAUGGCGGCAUAGUGGUUCAACCUGCUCUUGCUUCUUGCCUUCAUCAUGCACCGUUUGAAAAUUUUCCUCCCUGCG